AUGGUUACUGUCAAUGCCAGUAUUGUGCCAGUGGUACAUACAGUGUGUGCAUCUGCGGCUUUCUUGGCUGCUCUUAUAGUGGGUUGUAAGCUGCAUUACAUCAAAAUCAUCACAAAUGCGCAUUACACUUAUCCCGAUGAAUGGUUCCCCAGUGUUUCUGCUACCAUUGGCGACCGGUAUCCCGAACGAUCCAUUUUCCAGAUUUUGAUUGCAUUAACGUCUUUUCCGCGGUUUCUUUUGCUUCUGGGGCACUACAUGAUCAACAAAUCGACAUCUUGCUUUAUUGUCGGAGUUCUAAGAACUGUAACUUGCGGAGGAUGGGUGUACAUCACGUCUACGGACGACCACGAUGUUCAUGACGUUUUCAUGAUCUCAUACAUUCUUUUGACACUCCCUUGGGACUACCUGGUCAUCCGUAAUUCCAGAUUCAAAACUUAUAAAAAGGGUGCUAUGGCUGCCUUCUUCGGCGUCAUAGUACCGUUAAUAUAUUGGUUCCUACAGCACAACGUCUACCAUAGAGCUGGGGCUUAUUCUAUUUACGCUUAUUUUGAAUGGGCUCUAAUCGUUUUGGAUAUCGCGUUUGAUGCUCUGGCGUUCAGCGAUUUCAAGGCGCUAAGUUUGAACUUGGAGCUUACGUCAAAUGUUGGCACCUGGUUUUUUAUGUUUGAAAACAAGGAGUCACUACAACCUGCAGCCUCAGAAGAAAUACGGGCUGUGAUCGAAGAAGAAUUGUCGGAGAAUCCAAGCUCUGCUAUUGCACACGAUACAUCCAUCGAGUCCGAUGAUCCUGAUUACGCACCACAUCUUGACGACUCCAAGGAUGAGGGAGACGUAUCUGACCUGUUGGACGAAGAUAUCGCAUUACUCCAGUCAAGUGAUAACACAGAGCUCAAAAUUAUGCUGCAAGAGGAUGAAGAGAUCAGCUAUCUCACGAACAAUGCGUCAGCUCUGCCAGUGCCUUCUCAGACUUCAAUCACUUACAUUGUGGUCAACAUUCUGAACUCCCUUUUAUUCUGGACUAUGCUAACGUCGCUGCUAUGUAUGGUGUGGUAUUUCCCAUUGUGGUAUAUGGGCAUAUCAGGAUAUGAAGCAUCUAUCUUAUCCGUGACUUCUCCUUUACUGUUAUAUGUUCCAGCCAUUCCAAUGAUUGCCGAUGUGUAUGGUACGCUAUUCACGGCUGCGAUCGGCAUUGGUGCCUACUUGAUCGACUUGCCCGAAACACGACUUCUUACGGCAUCUUUGGCAGCCGGUAUUACUUCUCUCAGUUUCAGUAAUACACUUAGAAGCAUAACAAGCCAAGUGUCAGUCCAGAUGUACACUACAACAUGGAUUCUAGGACUUGUGGGUUCUGUCAUACUCAAGAUGGCCUUCUUUUCUCGUAACCCAUUGUGGCCCAUUUUAAACGAAGAAAAUGGGGGCUGGAAUAAGACUGGACUAGCUAUAAUGACACUCGUGGCUUUAUUCACUCCGCAGAUUAAUGCUGUUCAUUAUCAAAAGUUGGAGGCGCCGCCAAGAACGCCCAUUAAGUUCUUCUCCAAAUUAUUGAUAUCAGCAGGUUUUGGAUCCUUGAUUUUUUCGAUCCAUCAGCUCCUCACCGACGCCUCUACUAUCAUUUAUUGGUCUUGGGAAGGAUGGGCUACCAAUGGCUCUCAGGGACCUUUGACCUGGCCAUAUAGCUCACUCACCUGCUUAGCUAUGUUGUGUGCUGCAUUAACUUCUCAAAAGUUUAUCACAAAGCCGCUUGUACCUGUUUUGCUUACUUGUGCUUCAACCGGCAUCUUAGCUUCCCCAUAUGUUACAGGAUGGCCUUGCUACGCGUUUGGCGGAAUCGUUUACAUUUUUGGAAUCAUUUGGAUGAUUCCUACCUAUUUCUCAAAGAUGAACGUCGUCAAAAGCCCAUGGGCUUACAGCUUUGCCUUUGUGUUCUACUUGAUCUUUAUUUUGGCGCAUGUGUGGACGGUCGCAUACGCUUUCGUCCCAUUUGGAUGGCUGCUGAGGGAAAGAAUAGGACUUGUCUUGGGCGCAUCAAGUGUCCUGAUAUCCUUAGGCGCUCUUUGUGGACCGAACCAAGGUGGAUCAAGUGGAACAAUCAAAAAAGCAUUUUGGAAUCGCAUAAAUGUCGUUGGACUUUUGUUCGUCUGCUCAAUCGGGUAUAUCACCUUGAGACUAGCACCUACCGGCGUCCCUAUGCCAUACCAUAUUGAGGAUAACACAAUUACGGCAGGUAUAUGGACUAUUCACUUUGGUCUUGACAACCAUAUGUGGUCUUCAGAGGACAAAAUGACGCAAUUGCUGAAAGACAUGGAACUUGAUGUUAUUGGAUUACUUGAAACUGAUACACAGCGCAUAACCAUGGGGAAUCGUGAUUUAACGAGCAAAAUGGCUCACGACUUGGAAAUGUAUGCAGAUUUCGGGCCUGGUCCCAAUAAACAUACCUGGGGAUGUGUUUUGCUGUCCAAAUUUCCUAUCGUCAAUUCGACGCAUUAUCUGAUGCCUUCACCCGUCGGUGAGCUGGCACCCGCUAUUCAUGCAACUAUUAAAACGUAUGAUGAUAUCCUCGUUGAUGUGUUUGUCUUUCAUGGUGGUCAGGAAGAAGACGAGGAGGAUAGAAGACUACAAAGUGAAGAGCUUGCCAGAAUUAUGGGUAGCACAGAUAGGCCAUCUAUACUUCUCAGCUAUCUCGUCACUGAUCCACAUGAGGGUAAUUACAACAACUACGUCAGCGAUGUAUCGGGCAUGCAUGAUAUUGACCCCAGCGACGAUGAUAGGUGGUGUCAAUAUAUCUUGUACAAGAAAUUGGGGAGAACCGGCUAUGCACGGAUAAGUCGCGGCAGUGUCACGGACACGGAGUUGCAGGUUGGCAAGUUCAAGGUUUUAAGUGAAGAAGAACUGGAAGAACUUGGCGAUUCCAUUUAUGAAGCUACCAUACUCGACGACGACGCUGAUAUUCCAGACUCUCUGCGGUUUCCUGAUGCGUAUCAGGGCGAUGGACAAAGAGACCAUCGGUACCAUGUUUUCGACGAACCACGGUACUACCAAACCCCGUGGUAA